GGAGUCUGGUACGUGCAUGUGAACUUUGAGGCCUCAGCUGAGACCGCAAACAAAGCGUUUUCAACGGAAACUCUCUCACAACUCCCAGACCUCGACCACUGCUUUAGAAUCAAGAGGGAGCCCCGGGCUCAAACUUCUCUGAUCAAUUCCCUCCUCAGCUCAUCCAGGGUCCACGAUUCGUUUGGGAAGACGUCCUCGCGGAGGCAACAACAACGCCACCGCCGCGCUGCCGGCAUAUUCGAGAGCAGCACCGCCAUGAGACUCGAAUUUUCCACAUCGAAUCGAUAGUUUCCAAUCGGGGAAAGCCAAUGUUACCGACCGCCAAACCAUGUUGGAUAACUAUGCAAUCGACCAGUACAGGAAUUGGUUCAAUGACAAUUACUACCGGAUAACGUACGGACUCUCCAUCGAGCCAGAUUUCAGCGUACACAGGCGAGCGGCACGUCUCAUAACCGCAAUUCUCAUACCACCACUUACAUCAAUUGGAGCCAUCUAUCUCAUUCAGGCAGCCGCGGCAGAUCCUUCCAGACACUUGGCCGAAUUGCGGAUGCUCCGAUGGGAAGCCGCAUUGAUUCUCUGCAUUUCUCUACUAUGGGUUUUCCUUCAUCUACGUUUCCUUCCGGGACGCAGGUACGAUGGUCCCGUCUGCGGCAACGGUCUGCGACCGAGUUAUAAACGCAACGGUUUCGCAUUUUAUAUCUUAACUUCUACCAUAGUCGGGACAGUGACUUGGGUUUGUGGAAAAUCAGCUUUCUCGCUCCUUCCCGGACUAUCUUUCACUGCCGUCGUGUUGGGUAUAUUCGCCGCAUUGGCCGCCUACUGUAAGGCAUGUUUGGCACCGGAUCCGUCGCAGAGUUCUGCGCCUUCUAACCUCGUUUCUGACGUCUUUCACGGCCUCGAGCUCUAUCCUAGAGUCGGCGAACUUCAUGUAAAACAAGCUUUGAUCAGACUCGGUGCCACUCUCAACCUGUGGGUCUUGUGGAGUUGUUUUUUUGCUUACCUGCGACCGAACCUCGUGGGCUCUGUGAUAAUUGGCCUCCAAUUCCUGCACGCGGCUCGCCGCUUCUGGAACGAAGAAUGUUACUCUCAAUCGAUCGAGGUCUCCUACUACAAAUUCGGAUUGAGAGAAGUUUUGCGACAUCUCGUGUUAAAGCCCUUCUUGCUUAACCUCGGGACGAUCUCGAGCGUUCAUCGACCCGCUUCCUGUCGGCCAAGUCUCCUGAUCUUAAUAAGUUUGAUCGCGAUACUCUCUAUCUUACUCGUUUAUCUGAUUGACCGACAGAAGUUCCUCGUCAAAAGCAAGAAGGGGAAAUGCAUGACUUGGGGUCGCAUGGCGAGAACAAUCAACGCCUUUUACGUUGAUGAGCACGGAUUGCGGAGGGCUUCCAUCCUGUUGUUCUCUGGUUUCUGGGGCCUAGCACGCCAUCUGAAUUACACGUUCGAGUUCAUCGUGUACUGCGUACUCGCUGGACCGGCUCUGACCAGUUCCAACUGGUUUUCUGCGAUACCGCCUGGACUAAUUCUCGUGAGCCUUCUGCACAGGGGCAAAGAAGACUUCGAUAAGUGUCGCCGGAAAUACGGACCAUAUUGGAAGAUGUAUUGUGAUAAAGUUCCUUACGGAUACAUUCCGUGGCUGUGGUGAACGACCGGAGGGAGGAGACACUGAGUGAUUAUUUUUUGGAAGUUGAGACUUCUUCGCCUUCCUCGCUCUAAAGUGGGUUCAAUUUUGGUUGUCACUCUCAGCGCUCUGGGAGCCCGUGCAAGCACGAGUGGAACGUUUUC